UAUCCGCCGGCGCUUUCCCAAAAUGUUCCCACAGGAUAUAUGGGGAGACCAGCCGCAAGAACAUGGUCCGGAAAUAUAGUGCCUUCUGCAUACGACGCUCGGUAUCCACGAGAGGAUGCGCUGACGAGGAUGUACGCUACCGCAGGAAGACGCCGCCCUCAAGCAGGUAUGAUGCCGUGGUACGACGACGACAACGCCCAAAGCCCAUCGUUCCUUGUUGACGGUCGAUGA